AUGCUCGGCACAUACAAAAUUGUGUAUAUAUUGACAUGGUUCACAAUUAGCAGUAUUUGGUGGCCAACAGUAAAAACCAAACGUUUUUGCUUCAGUGUAACGGAAAACUCUGAUUUUUAUUAUAUUCUUCAUAACGUAAUUAAAUUCAAAGUAGAUUUGUUAUUAAUUGACAUUCACGCAUUGGAUGCCAUAUUAGAAAGUAGUUCUGAUUUGAAUCAAUAUGACGCAAAAUCAUUAACAUUUGCUAUUAGGGAUUCAACGGCUGAACAACUUAAAAAGUUAUUAGAUAAAAGCGCUUCGCGAAAAGUAUUUAACGUUACUUAUUCAUCAAGUGCAAAAACCAACUUGACAGACAUCGAUCAUAUUUUUAUUGAAUAUAAUCAAAAAAUUAUACAAAUAUGUGUUUUACAUGAACAAAAAUUUUAUUAUUUAAUUAGAGAAAAUAUAGAAUAUACACCAAAUGGUUGGACACUGACGUUUGGUGAUACAGUGAGAGCUAUUGAUCGAACUGAGACACAAAUUAUGAAAAAUGAAAUGAAUAACAUUCAGUACUUUUAUCCAAAAAACAUUUCACAUUUUCUGUGGCUGUAUGGUACAUCAAAAUUUCUAGAAUGUAAUACAGAAUUAGCAUCGAUCAUGGAAAAUAAAUAUAAAUUAUAUCAGAAUGAUAGUCAACUAAAUCUAACUGUAAUUCCAAUGCGUGGAAUCGGAAAAGGUUUGGAUGAUUUAGAAAAACAUUAUUGGCUUGCGGGUGGAACCUUAUUAGGAUGGUAUCGACAUUGUGGACUAAUCCCGUUUACACAAGAUGCCGAUUUUGGAUUGUACGCAGAAGAAUAUAGUGAGGAUAUACGUAAUUAUUUUCUUGGCAACAAAAUUUCAUAUCUGUGGGGUGCGUUGGGACUGAUCAAUGAUUCCUUAGAAUUUCGUUUAUAUACUGGUCGCUUUACAUUAGAUUUGUUUUGGGCUUACAAAGAGAAUAAUUCUCGAUGGUGUGGCUACCAAGUUCAUCGAACAAAGUUCAGACGUAAGCUACCAUUAUUACCCGAAUUAUGCUCUGGGGAUUUAUUCGGUUAUCGUUUUUCGGUGCCAUGUGAUCCUAUUGAAUAUUUAAAUACUGAAUACGGUAUAAAUAAGUGGAAUGCACCACUGGAAAAAGGUUACUCAUGGAUAAACAUGAAACUUCAUUCCUAUUGGACUGAUCUCGCUUGGCUGUAUGCAACUCGUCUAUAUACGCGAGAAGGAAAAUUAAGAACAGAUAAAUUUGCAAUCGAUUGGAUAUCAAAAUUUUAUAAUUACACAAUAAAAACUAUUCCAACAUUUUUAAACGCUAUUCCAGACAAUCCACCACCACUUGGACCAUUAAAAAAGAACUUAGAGUAUAACACACCAGUUCCUAAGAAAAAACCUAAGAAUACAACUAUUUUUUUACAAAAAAGAAAGAUUAUCCUUACUUAA